ACACUCUGACACACAAACACCACCACCACCUCACUUUCUCUCUCUUCACAAGACUUCCCCUUCAGUGAUAAAAAGUGAGCGCACCACUCUUUACUCUACAAAACAACAAAUCCCCCACUUCAUUUCUGUUACUGCAUUCUCCCCUCAAAUUCCCUUCUUCUACUUAGAUAAAUUCAGCAACAGAAAAAUGGGAGUUUUCAAUGGAUACUCUACCUCAUUCUUCUUGUCAAUCUUCUUGCUUGCCUUUCAAAGAUCGAAUUGUGCAACUGUAGUUGUCGAUGGAGUUACAAACUGGAAGGAUCCCACUGCCAACAUUGGAGAUACAAUCAUUUUCAAGCACAAGAAUCAGUACAAUCUCUACAUAUUCAGAACCAAAGAAGCCUUCAAUUCCUGCAACUUCACCCAAGCAACUCCUCUCUCCAACCUCAAUUCCACCACCUACACUUGGCACCCAUCAAGAACUGGGUACUUCUACUUUGCCUUCAACAAUGGCACCAACAUCCCAUGUGAACAAGGCCAAAAGCUAGCAGUUGAUAUUACAUCAACAACCUCACAGUCUUCACCGCCGGAAAAUCCACCUCCAGCGACACCAGGAGGCGAGGUCUCGUCUUCUCCGUCAUAUCCUUGGCCGUUCCAGCCCCGUGAGAAGGAAGGAGCUAGCCCUGGGCCCGCCUACACUUCUGUGGGUAUUUCUCCGAUGCCUGCUGUCUCUCCGGCGGCAAUGGGAAGCAUACCGUUCAUUAAUAGCAACCCCGCUGUUCCUUUGCCUACCGGUGAGGUUGAUUCCGCUACCAUUCGACCUUUCCCUACUCCAGCCAAUCAAGCUUCUCAGGGAGUGAAGAUGAUGGGGUUUGUCAAAGGUGUAAUAUCUGUAUGUUAUGUAAUUAUUGUCAUGGUAACAAUAAUAUAAAAAUAAGAAUGAUGAAUGUUUAAUGUAAAAUGUGAUAGUAUAGAAUUAGUAGAAUUAGCCAGCUGUUAGAAUUGUGGGGUUAGAUUAGGAGUGUGAGAUAAAGUAGCUUUAGAGAGAGGUUCAUAAUGAUAUAUAAUAUGCUCUUUUGGACUUUUAAAAUUAAUUAUUAGCAUUUUUUUCUUA